AUGGCAGCUUUCAACGUCACCCCCUCUCAUCCUUCAACAUUCAUCCUAAUGGGCAUCCCUGGACUGGAAGCUGCUCACAUCUGGAUUUCCAUCCCUUUCUCUAUGGUCUACAUUAUUGGCCUGUUGGGAAAUUUCACGAUUCUGUUUGUUGUUGGCAAAGAGCAGACUCUGCACAAGCCGAUGUACCUGCUGCUCUGCAUACUGGCACUCACAGACAUCAGCACGUCGACCUCCAUCAUGCCAAAGGCACUGUGUAUAUUUUUGUUCGAUUUGAAGAACAUUACUGUGGGUGGUUGCCUCACACAGAUGUUCUUCCUUCAUGCAGUUUCUAUUUUGCACUCUGCCAUCCUCGUAACAAUGGCCUUUGAUCGCUACGUUGCCAUAUGUAAGCCUCUGAGAUACGCCACCAUCGUCACCAAUGCACGAAUAGCUAAGCUAGGGCUUGUGGGUUUAAUAAGAGCUGUUCUCUUAAUUCUGCCAAUGCCCCUGCUCCUGAGCAGACUGCCAUUCUGUGCCAAUCACAUUAUCCCUCAUACAUACUGCGAGCACAUAGCUGUGGCAAAGAUGUCGUGUGGGGACAUCACCGUGAACAGGAUAUAUGGCUUGGUUUUGGCUUUUGUAGUCAUUGGGUUGGACCUAACGCUCAUUACCCUCUCCUACGGUCUGAUCAUCAGGGCCGUCCUCAGAAUCGUGUCCAAGGAAGCCCACCAGAAAGCUCUCAACACCUGCACAGCCCACAUCUGUGUAAUGAUGAUGUCUUAUUCUCCCGGCCUCUUCUCCACUCUGUCCUACCGGUUCAGUCAGGGCAUUUCUCCCCAUGUUCACAUCAUCUUGUCAAACCUCUAUUUCCUCAUCCCCCCCCAUGCUCAACCCUAUCAUUUAUGGGGUCAAAACCAAAGAGCUUCGUGA